UUUAUUUUAUUUUUAUUUUUAUUAAUGAUGACAGCUGUGGAUGAUCAUCAAACAGAGAGACGUGUUGAAGCAAGAUUUAAAUCAGAUCUUGAUGGAAUGUUGGAGUAUUUUGAAAGGAAUCCUUCAGUUCGGGAAGCCAUUACAACAGAGUUACUUCAAGAACACUUUGAUACAACCUUUGAUCGCACCAAAUCCUUUACAGUGUCUGCAGCAUUUGCAAAGGUUUUGUUGAAUGCUUUGAUAAACAGACAAGAGUAUCAUAAUGACUUUUCCGUGCCAAGGUUUGCGGAUGGAUUAAGAACAAGUGAAUUUUUGAAAUUGAUAGACAUGUAUGAUCUAUAUACGGCAGUUAUUCAUCAUUUAUAUACGCUUGAUACAAGAAUUGCACUCUCUGCUCUACAGGAUAUAUUCAAAGAAAACGCGUCUGACGUAAAAUCGCUCAAAGCAAACUUAUAUACCACUUAUAUCAAGCUGCUAUUUACUCUUGAUGUCGAUAACGAAGACUUUUAUCAGCAAUCAGAGGAUGCAUUUAUAGAAGAGAUACGCCAAGGUUCAGAAGAUCCAAUAGGUCUCUUUGUGAUUGCAAACUUACUUCAGCAGAUGCUCAUACAGGCCUCGUUACAAAACCGUAACAAAACAAUGGGAAAUAGUAUGAGUAAAAGGGUAUCAGGUAUACUUUCUUUUAUGGGAAAGAUACAUCAAAUAUGCCCCGGAGGGAUUCCACAGGCGAUAGUUGCAGCCAUACCAGCGACCUUUCGAUCACAAUUAGAAGCGUUUCUGUCUGAAUCCAGCUCCACAAGCAAAAAAAGAAAGUUAUCAUAUACCAUUUAUUUGCAAAAUAGAAACUGUCAAAAUACCAGAGCAUACGAGUCAAGAUUAAAAGAAGCAUGGGAGUCUGUUAAGCAUAAAGAAGCUGAGCUAUCUGAGCAUGAGACAGCCUUUGUCUUGAUUUGUAGCCACCUCGAAAGAAAGAUCAUUCCUACUUUUAAUAAAUCAUCAAGUAGAAGUUUACAGUCAAAAGAAAAAUAUCUGAUAGCAUUUGAAGAGCUUCAGACAGUUAUAAGAAAUAGUGAUACUGCAAAAGAGUCACUGAUGCGUGUUAAGCUAUGGUGCAUUAAUGUCUUGAUAAACAAUGAUCGCUUUUGGAUAUCUGUGCUUAAGAUCAUGAUACAGUUUAUUGAUAUAUGGUCCAGAGAUAUUGUCAAAGCAGGCGCUGAGACUGUAAUAGGAUCAUUCAUCGCAAAAGAAAAGCUUUUGGAGCCCUUCAGUAAACGUCUUUCGGAGCUCGUUAAACUUUAUGAGCAGUCAGGAGAUAAGAACAACUUGUAUAUUAUUAAAGAUGCUUGUCUGAUAUAUGAACGAUCCAUCGAUUGCAUUGAAUCACCGGAAUAUCUUAACUCUAUUAGGCAGUUACUAUUCAACGAGAGGUUACCUUGCUUUGGACUAGCAGAAAUAUGGAACAUUAGGUUUAAUGAAGAGUUGACAUUGAUAAUUAACCAAAUCACAGUAACAGAAGAUGAUGAUGAAUGUUUUACUAUGCAGAGCACAAGCAAGAAGUUGGUACUAAUGUCAAUUCUAUGGCCAUACAAGGUUGUAUAUCAAUUGAUAAAGUCUUCCAUAGGCAACAAGAACCAGUAUAAGGCCAUUGUUCCUUUACUCAAAAGCCUUGGUAAUAUUUGCACUUUAACCAAAUCAUCAGAUGCUCUGCCUUUGAUUGUAUUUGCAGACAUAACUUCUUUGGAGGCAUUGAAUGAUUCUAUGUCUAAAGAAAUCUGUCAAGUAUUCAAAUUGCUUUUUGUGAAGAACGACAGCCAUUGCCCAGUAAUACUACAAGACCAAGCAAAAGGAUAUAUGAUUGAUAUAUUCUUGAGCAAGUAUGUUUUUACAGAUCUUAUUGUGAUGAACACCAUAUCAGAUACGGAUAGAAGCUUUAAAGAUCAAGAAGCAUUCCGAUUGGCUCUUUAUAUCUUCAACACCUUUUGCGAGUUUCCUCCUGGAAAAGAACAGGACUGGAAAACGUUUAUUUCUCAACUUGAUUAUGCUCCUGUCAUGUACAGCGUAUCUAGUCAAGUAGGAUCUUAUUUCAUUUACCUCUUGGGCCUCUAUAAGCAAUCGGACGGUUCUAGACCUCCACCUAGAGUCGAAAUUCAAGAUAAAGAAUUGAUGCUGAGAUAUCUGGAGAGGCUAGCUAUAUUUAUGCAGCAUGAUAACGACAAAUACGGCAAUCAACCAUCAUGCUCAUCAUAUGAUCUCAUACGAUCAUUAGAGUCCGCAGCAGACAACUGGGGACAACUACUGUGGCUUGACCAUUUUCCUGCUAUUGCCAAAUCGAAAACAUUUCGGAAUAUAUCAAAGGAUGGUCAGGAGAAUGGUUUGAAAGAUAAGUUUUCAAAAGAAGGAUGGAACUAUUUGUUCAAAAUGUGCUUGCUGUCGACUAGGAUGACAGACAACAUGUUCGUGGUCACGUCAACUUGGAAGGAAAACUUGGAGUGUUUGUGGAUGCAUCCAUAUGAAUGCAAAGUCAUAAAAGAAGGAUUUCAGCAUGCUCUUCAUCCACAAAACGGCUUCAGUUUGUGUCCACUCUUUCCAAAACUGAUUGUAUACUUUCUUGGUGCUCUCUUUGAAACACUUCCAAGUGAAGAUGUGAUAAGAAGAUAUGAUUAUGCUAACACUGGAUCCAAAUAUCUAGUACAUAGAUUGACGCGUGCAGGAUUGAAGCAAUAUUUUUCUAUUCUAUAUACGAUGGAGCUCAUAAAAGAUCAAUUAAGAAAAGAUUAUGACGUUGUUGACGAAAUGGACUGUUAUUAUAUCUCGAGUUUAAUCAAGACAAUACGCGAGCUUGUUGACUGGAGCAAGUUAUGUCAUGUUCAAGGAACGCCUGGUUAUCAGCAAUUGAGAAAGCUGUUGACUCAAAACACAAGUGACAUUGAAUGCCUUAAUUAUGCAUCCUAUACAAAUGACAAUGAUGCGCAAGGUAAUAGUGUUCCCAUUAUCAAGAUAUACUAUCCUUUACUUGGCGAAGAAUCAAUAUCAAAUCGAUCUCUUGCCCUUCUUACCAUCACGCACCUUUGUACUUUAAGUGUAGAAGCUAGAAGAAAUGAGCUUAUUAGUGCCCUACUUUCUAUGCUAGUUAUGCAAAUAACAGAAGGUCUUAUCGAUUCUCGUCAGCAACAGCACUUUAACACGAUGCUCUCCAAUCAGACAAAAGAUAGAGCUAAUCGAUGGCGUAAACUAAAAAGGCAAAAGAAGGUGAUGAUCUAUAGGCCCAUCCUAUCUAAUGAAGAGGAGCUUGCUGUCAUUGAUUUUGUUAGGCAGCUUCCUAAUGCUGACCAAGUACUUCAAGCACUGGGACUAAACGGGCCAAAACCAUUGGAUAAUAUGAAACAAUUAUAUUUCCUAUAGCUGAACCAAUAAAAUAGCAAAUAUAAAUAGUAUAAAUGUAAAAUCAUUUGUCAUAGCGACUUCUAUCCACCGAUGAGUGUCCAUUGGUUCACUUCAUACGAACUAUCGCACGAUUGGGAUUACACAAAGGAAAUCAAAGAAUUCAUGCAAAUGGUAUCCAUUCUAGACUAUCAGCCUUGGGAGGUUAUUAAAGUAAAUCAAUUGAAUAG